GUAAUAGAAAGCCUGAUGUUCUACAUUUGUGUCAACGUUAUCGGGAUUUUCUUUCAUUACCCGCUGGAAGUGGAACAGCGGCAGACGUUCUCGGAGACCAGGAACUGUAUUAUCGUUAGGCUGGAGACUCAGAAGGAAAAUCAACGACAGGAGCGCCUUCUCCUAUCAGUAUUGCCUCGUCACGUUGCUUUGGAGAUGAAAGCUGAUAUAGCAGAAAACAAGAGAGAAUCGAUGUUCCAUAAAAUCUACAUACAACGCCAUGACAACGUCAG